AUGCAAACAACAAAGUAUUUGCAUAAGAAAAGCAGCAAUAUAAUAGUUGAAGUCCCGCCCGAAUGUCACAUAUUCAUCAGAAGCCAACAUGGGGCACCACUUUUGCCGCUGGAUAAUUACAUCUAUCGCUGUAAACUAGUUCGAAGAACAAAGUCUUACUGGUCAUGUAUCCGCUCGAGAAGCUCCAAGUGCAACGGGCGAGUCAUCUGCCAGGACACAUCGAUCCCGUAUUGUCCGCCGGCGCUCGGUGAACGGAAUCCGACGCCGAAAGUGUGGUACUCCUUUCCGCUGUGCUACGCGAUGAACCGGCGCGGAACCAUGAAUCUGCACUUCCGGGGAAACUUACGCCACUGCAUACUUUGGAAAAACUCGCCGCGGUCAACAGAUGCUCCUCCAUAGUAAUUACAGCUACGUUCGUGAAAAGCAGAAGCUGAAUACCACCAACUGGAAGUGCUCUUGGCACGUCAAGUUCCGCUGCAAGGCCCGCGCUGUCACGAAGGAAAUCGAUGGCCAUCAUUACGUGCGAAUUACCUUCGGAUUGCACACACAUCCACCCAAUGCGAAUGAGUCCAAAUCAAAUAAUCAAUACAAGCGGUAUUACGAGUACGGUAGUGAUUAGUUCUCUGCCAAGACCGGUAGAUUUGCGGAUGCAAUUAAUUUAGGAAUCAUUCGUUUUAAUCAUUUGUGUUUUUUUAAAAGACGGUUACAUUGUAUAGAUAGAUAGAUUGAUUGGAUUUGAAAAGCAUAUUCGAUUUUUUGAUGCCCUUACCGACGUUAAGUAACAAUAACUUUUGAAAAAGUUGAUUUGCAUAUGAACAGCAUGUAACAUAUUGAGUAAGAAAAAUGUAUAAUGUAGGUAAACUAAAGGUCGUAGGUUCGAAUCCGAUCGAAGGAAAAUGGUUAUCUCCAGCACACUUUUUAAUUUAAUACAUAGAUGGAUCGUGCUUCGAUUCGGUUUGAUCGAAAGAAGCACGAUCCUUUUCAGUAUGCAAAAUUCACCGGGUUGCAUUUAGUGUUUGACAGAUUGUGCUUCUGGGGUGUGUGUCAGUUCGAUCGUGCCGGGCGUUGGAGAGCUUUGCAUAUUUGUUGCUUCACGACUAGCAAAUACAAAGGGUAUAAUAAAAGAUAUUUUAGUUACUAGAUAAAGAUUGUCGCUUCGGUUCCCUUUGUUCUGCUGUCCGGAACAUGUUGGGUACCAAGCUGUCAAAUCGUAUAGAUUUUCCUUCUUUGACAUUUAGCUCCCCUAUCCUCGCCAGCAAAAGAUGUUCCGGACAGCGACGACAGCGACAAUCUUUAUCUAGUAACUAAAAUAUCUUUUAGUAUAAUGAAUCAAGCUAAACUAAGGUAAAUGUUAUGUCGUUAGUUGUUUGAUAUGUUAUUGAAACUUCAUAAUUGUAUCGCAUUGUUCAUCUCCAAUGCAAAUACGAAAGCGAAAUGCGGUACUUUUCACUGAGAAGUUCUUACCCGAUUCCGCUCUACAAGAAGUGAAAAGUCGAUUAGUUAUGAAUUUUAAUUUUAAUUAGUUAUGCACGGCACAAGCUAAAAACUGUUCCUCGGUGUUAGAGCUCGAUUGAUCAGUUUUCCUGAUCUUGUCAGAUUCAUGAUUUACUUGUAACGGUUCUAGAGGUUGUAUCUGGGAAAGGCGGUGACGGCGGUGAUUUAAACGUUGUAGGGAAUCAGUUUAAUCAGACACGUUGUGAAGAAAAUGUUAACUUGAAUGAGAUACAGAAAUAAAAAGAAAUAAAACUAAAAUUAUUAAUAAGAAAGCAGUUGUUAAUAAUUGAGAAUAACUCAAAUAU